CAAAUUAUUGUAGACAUGAGCGAAAAUAAGGUUAUUGUCCUGGGUCUGCCCUUCAGUUGUGAUGAUAGUGCUCUUUAUGACUAUUUUCAGGAGUGCGGUGAGAUCACUGAUAGCCGUGUGAUGGUGAACAGAGAAAACAAGAAAUCGCGUGGUUUUGGUUUUGUUACGUUCGCCUCUGAGGCUGCUUUCAACAAUGCUCUUGAGAAAAACGGAGCUGAGUUCGAUGGUCGCACCAUUAAGGUGGAGAAGGCCACGGAGCGCCCUAAGCGUGAUCAGAAGGAGAAUAAGGAUCGUCCUCAGCAUGAGCAGGCUGCUCCCAAGGAAUUCAUCGACACGAACAAGAUUAUCAUCACCAGUUUGGCUUGGAGCGUGAACGAUGAUUCUCUCCGCCAGGCGUUCAGCAAGUAUGGUAACUUGGAAGAGUGCACCGUGCUGAAGGAUCGUCAGAGCGGAAAGAGCCGUGGCCGUGGAAUCGUCCGCUUCGCUACGGAGGAGGCGAUGAAGAAGGCGAUCGAGGAAAUGAACGGAACCGAGCUGGAGGGCCGUGCGAUCGCGGUGCGACAGUUCUUACCGAAGUCGCAGAUGGCGGAGAAGGCCAAGGAAGAGGGAGCCAAGGCGGAAGAGCCCAAGGCGGAAGAGCCCAAGGCGGAAGAAGCCAAGGCGGAAGAAGCCAAGGCGGAGGAGGAGCCCAAGGAAGAGGAGGCUAAGGAAGAGGCCAAGGAAGAGGCUAAGGAGGAGGAGAAGCCCAAGGAAGAGGAAAAGAUGAAGGUGGAGGAGGAGCCUAAGGAAGAGGAGAAGCCCAAGGAAGAGGAAAAGCCCAAGGAGGAGAAGCCUAAGGAGGAGAAGAAGUCCAAAAAGGAAAAGAAGGAAAAGAAGGCGAAGAAGGAAAAGAAAGAAAAGAAAUCCAAGAAGGAGAGCAAGUAAAUGUUUGUCUAGUUCGUUUAA